AUGGGCAUGGCCCUUUACCGCAGGGCCGUGCUCGCUGCCUCCUUCCGCCGCCCCUCCGCCAUCCGCGCUGCCGCCGCGCGUCUCUCUUCCUCCGCGCGCCUCGCUCCCACUGCGCGUGCCGGCAUCCUGUUGCCUUCACUUCGCCGAUUCCCCGCGCACACAUCCCGCGCGGCCCUACUAUGUAGCCCCUCCGCGGCCUCCGCGCGGCACCUUGACCUUCCCAGCUCCGCGCGGAGCUUCCGCGCAUCACUGUGCGCGCCCAGGGCGCUCGCGGGGAUUGGCGGAAGCGAAAGGCAGCUGCUGGCCUCCGCCCGCAGCGGAGACGGGGGCGCAGGAAUCGGCGCAAUAAGGGGUGUGUCCAUCAGCGCGGGUAGCGGCGCAGCAGACGCGCAGUUGCGGACGGCGGAGGGGAAGGAUGGCGGCACGGAGGCCGUGCGGGCCAGCGCAUCCGGGGGGGCAGAGGGGGGGAAGGAGGGGCGGGGCAAGGCGAGGGCGGGGAAGAAGAGCAGAUCCAGCUACGGCGCGGAGCACAUCCAGGUGUUGGAGGGGUUGGAGCCGGUGCGGCGGCGGCCAGGCAUGUACAUCGGCAGCACCGGGCCCCGUGGCCUGCACCACCUGGUGUACGAGGUGGUGGACAACGCCAUCGACGAGGCGCAGGCGGGCCAUGCGAGCACCGUGGCCGUGCUGCUGGGGGCCGACGGCUCCGUGUGCGUCACUGACAACGGCCGCGGGAUCCCAACAGAUAUCCAUCCAUCAACGGGCAAGUCCGCACUGGAGACCGUGCUCACAGUGCUGCAUGCGGGCGGCAAGUUCGGGGGCGACUCAAGCGGUUACCGUGUGUCGGGAGGGCUGCACGGCGUGGGAGUGUCGGUCGUCAACGCUCUCUCUCAGUGGCUGGAAGCACGCGUGUGGCGGGACGGGCGGCAGUACUCACAGCGCUUUGAGAGGGGCGUCCCCGUGGGGGGGAUGAGGGUGGAGGAGGGGGGGGGUGCAGGGGCACACGAAGGGGAGGCGCAGCGCACAGGCACUCAAAUACACUUCCUGCCAGACCCCACAGGUGCUGCUGCAACCGCUGUGCAUCCUUCAUUGAAUCACCAUCACCACCUUUCGCGUCAGCACUCAACCUUUCCCCUCGUCCAUCGCCUCGCGCAGCUAUUGUCAUCACCACCACAAGGCACUCAAUGCUCAUUCAAGCACGUCACCACCAUCGCUGCCAUUGACAUCCCCCGCUCUCACCCCCAGCCUAAUUUCCAUGCCCCGUGCCCCUCUCAUUCCGCCCGCCCCUCUGCGCGCCCGGCAGUGUUCACCACCACCACGGCGCUGGACUUCACCACCAUAGCGGCGCGCCUCAGAGAGCUCGCCUUCCUCAACCCGCAGGCACGCCCACCCUUCGUCCCCCUCUGCCGCCUCUUCCCCGUCUCGCCUCCUCUGCCGCCUCUGACUCGUUUGCCGUCUCGGCUCUGUCUGUCGUACACGAGCCUUGCACUCACCUCAAACCCUCUCACAUCAAGGGCCGCAAUUUUGCCCCAUGCUAAUAGCGAACUUCCACUUUGCAGUGUGGCCGUGCCUGCAUGCUCCUCUCUUGUUCCUCCCCACACACCUUCCUUCCUGCCACCCCUCUCCACCAUGCCCCCCCCGACACAGGUGGUGAUUCACCUGAAGGAGGAGGGGGGGCGGUCAGCGGACUUCCACUUUGCGGGCGGGCUGCUGGAGUUCGUGCGCUGGCUCAACAGCGAGAAGACGCCGAUGCACGAGGCGCAGUGGGUGGAGGAGGAGAGGGACGGCGUGGGCGUGGCGGUGGCGUGGCAGUGGAGCGGGGACGCGUACAGCGACAGCGUGGUGGGGUACGCCAACAGCAUCCGCACCUCCGAUGGCGGCACCCACCUCGACGGCGCCAAGGCCGCCUUCACCCGCACCCUCAACGCUGCCGCCCGCAAGCAACGCCUGCUCAAGGAGAAGGAGGAGAACCUGGCAGGCGAGCACCUGAGGGAGGGGCUCACGUGUGUGGUGGCCGUCAAAGUGGCCAACCCCGAGUUCGAAGGGCAGACCAAGACGCGGCUGGGCAAUCCAGGGGUGAGGAAGGUGGUGGACGGGGUGGUGAGCGAUGCGCUGGCAGCAUUCCUGGACGCCAACCCGGCAGCGUGUGAAGCCAUUCUUAGCAAGGCACUCGACGCCUACAAGGCUGCCGAAGCAGCAAAGAAGGCUCGGGAGCUGGUUCGGCGGAAGAGUGUGUUGAAGUCGGCCAUGCUGCCGGGCAAGCUGGCGGACUGCUCGUGUGAAGACCCCGCCAAGUCAGAGGUGUUCAUAGUGGAGGGGGACUCGGCCGGUGGCAGCACCAAGCAGGGCCGCGACAGACGCCUUCAGGCGGUGCUGCCGCUGCGCGGCAAGAUCCUGAACGUGGAGCGCAAGGACGAUGCGGCCAUCUACAAGAACCAGGAGCUGCAGAACCUCAUCCUCGGCCUCGGCCUCGGGCUAAGGGGCGAGGAGUUUGAUCAGAAGGUGCUGCGCUACCAUCGCAUCAUUCUGCUCACCGAUGCCGACGUGGACGGCGCUCACAUCCGCACGCUGCUCCUCACCUUCCUCUUCCGCUACCAGAGAGCGCUUUUUGAGAACGGCCAUGUCUAUGUGGGCGUGCCCCCGCUCUACAAGGUGGAGGUGGGGCGGCAAGCGCCAGUGUAUUGCUACAGCGAGGCGGAGCUGCAGGCGCACCUGCGCUCGCUGCCCCCGUCCGCGUCCCCAACCAUCCAGCGCUUCAAAGGGCUGGGCGAGAUGAUGCCGACACAGCUGUGGGAGACGACCCUGGACCCGAGCCAGAGGCGGCUGAAGCUGAUCACCGUGGACGAGGCGGCGCAGGCCAGUGUCACCCUCUCCGUGCUCAUGGGGGAUAAGGUGGGGCCGCGCAAGGAGUUGAUUCAGACUGUGGGAAGCAGGAUGGCAGCAGCUGGCAUGCUCGAUAUCUAG